AUGACCAAGAAGAGGAAUCGCUCAUCCAACAUUAAACGAUCAAAAACGAAAAAGGAAAAAGCAAUCUUUGAAGUUGAUAAGAAUGAUUUGUUUUCUAACAUUUCAUCAGAGGAAGGCACUCCAAACUCUGAACGGAAAUCUUCCUCAGCUGGUAGCUCGAUAGUUGGUUCAGUACAAGAUUCCACGUCAUCCCUGCCAUCUCCAACUGACAGUGAGAAGGAUUCUGAACUGGAAUAUAGAGCUGUAGCGUAUGUUCAAUUAGCUAUCUUAGAGGGAAAUCUUGAGAAUCUCCAUCUAUCAGAAUCGAAGAAAGAUAUGAAGAAGACGUUUCAAACAUUCCGUGAUUACCUUCAUAAAGAUCUCGAAGAUCUAUAA